UCAAAAAAAAAAAAAACCAAACAGGAAAAGGUGCUCUGCACCGCAUCGCAAUACCGAACGCCAUGGAUGCAUGAUUGCUGAUCCUGCCGUCACGCCACUCACCUCACCUCAUCUCACCUGCCAUCGAUAUCGCUCCCUUAUCCCGAACCCCAAAUCCCCCUCUCCGGUCCGGCGCCUCCGUCUCUCUCGCCGAACACCAUGGGCUCCGACUUCAAGGCCAUCCCUCUGAUCGAUAUCAGCCCGCUCGUCGAGAAGAUCGACGACCCUGCCAUGGCCGGCGACGAGGGUCUCCUCGACGUCGUCUGGAUGCUGGACGACGCUUGCAGGGAGGCCGGGUUCUUCUAUGUGAAAGGCCAUGGGAUUUCGGAGUCGCUAAUGACGGAAGUCAGGGAUGUCACACGCAAGUUCUUUCAGCUCCCUCGCGAGGAAAAACUGAAGAUCAAAAUGACACCUCAGAGUGGAUAUAGAGGAUAUCAGAGAGUGGGAGAAAAUGUUACCAAGGGUAAACCUGAUAUGCAUGAAGCAAUUGAUUGCUACACGCCUAUCGAACCAGGCAGAUAUGGAGAUCUUGCUAAACCAAUGGAAGGAUCUAAUUUGUGGCCAGAUUAUCCAUCAAAUUUUGAUGCGCUGCUGGAAAACUAUAUAAGCCUUCUACGAGAUCUUUCAAGGAAGAUCAUGAGAGGCAUAGCCUUGGCACUGGGUGCGCCGUUGGAUUCUUUCGAAGGCGGAGUGGCGGGAGAUGCUUUCUGGGUUCUCAGGUUAAUUGGCUAUCCAGUCUCAGAUGACAUCCCACAAGAGGAACGCACUGAUAUUGGAUGUGGAGCUCAUACAGAUUAUGGUCUUCUGACAUUGGUGAAUCAGGAUGAUGAUAUAUGUGCUCUUGAGGUCAGAAACCAGUCCGGUGAGUGGAUAUACGCCAAGCCGGUCCCUGGAACCUUCGUUUGCAACAUCGGCGACAUGCUGAAGGUUUGGUCGAAUGGGAUAUACCAGCCCACGCUCCACAGAGUCGUCAAUAACUCCCCUCGCUACCGUGUAUCUGUCGCCUUCUUCUACGAGUCGAACUUCGACGCUGCGGUGGAACCUGUAGAGUUCUGCCGGGAGAAAACGGGCGGCGUUGCCAAGUAUGAGAAGGUGGUGUAUGGGGAGCACCUAGUGCAGAAAGUCCUCACCAACUUCGUCAUGUAACAGUUUGGGGGAGGGGAGGUGAAAGCCUGAAAGGGAACAAAUUUCUGUAGCUGUACUGAAAAUGAUCCAUCAAUAAAACCCUUCGACAAAUCAGCCUCCUUUCUGGUCGGACAAAGUAACUGUCCCGGUGUAUCGUGACCAGGCAAGGCAGCACAUGAGAAUUUCCUCUCAUCUGGCUUUCUCGCUUUGCUUGCGUUCUGCGGAUCGAACCCUCACAACUGGUUCACAAUCCGUUGUAAUUUCGUGACGACAAUGUAAAUGCAACCACCAAUAUGUCUUGUUGUUACUCCA